UGGAAGAUUUCCAACACACUAUGCAUCCAUUGGACAUUGCAAGACAAGUAUUUCUUUUUUGAUGAUAUGACACCUACCUGCAGAAUUUUUGUUGACCAUGAUGAUUGUGGGAACGAAAUAACAGAGCCAGAACUGUGGCGCGAUCUAGACACGGACUCGAAUGCAUAUGAAGCCCAGAUAGAGGAAGCUAAGAAAAAAUAUAAAUCGAAUACAAGUAAGGACAUAAUCAAAGGAUUCAGCUCACAGCAUGAGCAAACAGCACUGGGUGAUUCAUCCAUACAUUAUGCGCAGAAAGAGCCUGCGACAACAGAAAUGUGCAAGUACAGAAACUUUCUUCCUGGGUUCGAAGAAAUAGACGACAUUAUUGACUUGACAUGGGACAAUGCAAAAACGUGUUAUUACCCAAUGAGAACACAGAACUAUGAGAAUGAUGUAAGCUCAUCACAAAAGAACAAGAAGUUACUGAACACAUCCCUUUCAACAUUUUGUCCAAAUUUGCAAAGUUACUUGACAACACCAUUUAUUGGCAAGAGGCUUUUUACAGACGAGGUCAUCGAAGAAGAUGACCAAGAUGGGACCAAAGAUCAACCAAUCCCUGUCAUCGAUGAGUUGCAAUUAUCUCCGGACGUUCAAAUUCUGGGGGAGAGAGUAUUCAAUGGUUCAUGCUCUAACAUGGUAAACACAGCAGACAAUCUGUACAACAGCAACCUUACAUUAGGCAGUUACUCAAGUGGCAAGGAAAAUCUGCCUCCCAAAAGGCUUGUACGCCCAAGCAAGUAUCAAUGCUCACCUUUCGAUAACGAUCUGAGAGGCCCUCUCACGCCAUCUGAGAAGCAGCUACACAGCAACAUUGUGGCACUAGGCAAAAUUGAACCUGAUAGAAGGGCAGUGUUGGUCGAUAAAACCAGUCUAUCCCUUGGACAACUCGGCAAUUCAUUCGACACCAACGGACAUGUGGAAGCUUAUGUUUUCAAUGUUUUCUACCGGUUGCUCUUUCGUGAUAACCAUCCAAGGCAAUCAAAGAAGCACUACUUCUUCACUACUAUCGCUGAUUAUUUUCUUCAAGCAUGGACUACUGAAGAAGGAAGGAUAUCAAUGAGAAGGAGAGCACUUAUAAGUUUUAGUGGAGCAGGAACAACAUUGCCUCUACAUGAAAGUGAACGUCUGUUUUUUCCAUCAGUACAUCACGAGCACUGGAUAUUGUUUAUUGUUGAUAUUGUUGCAAGAAAAUUCAUUUUCCUAGAUUCAGUUUAUGAUGGCGAGUCACCCUUUCACAUGGAGGUAAAAGAUUUGAUGAUAAACAAUUUUCUCAAAACAUGGGAAGAGUCGAGACUCAGGAGAAUGGGGUUCAGAAACUUUGGUAUAGAAUACCCAAACAUGCCUAAGCAAAUUGGAAGAGAUGCUUGCGGGAUUUUUGUGCUCAAGUGGAUGCAAACUUUUGCUUCGCGGAAUCCUCUCCAGCCCCAAUUCAGGAUGAAGGACGUGGCAGAUGCAAGGGUCAGACUUGCUGUUGAUAUCCUCUUCAGCAAUCCUAACACUGAUGAUGAUGCCAAAAGACUUGUCAAGUACUUUCGUCAAUAAACUGGGAGUUGAGGACAACAUUGAUCUACAAGGGGGGGAGGGGCAAAAAGAAUGAAGAACUAAAGAAAUACUCUAGAUUUUUUAGAUGUCUUUCUCUUUUUUUUUGUACAUGUUUUUUGUGUUCGCUCGAUGAGUAUCUUGGGAAAAUCAACGGAUAUACCAGAGUAAUGCAAAGAAUUUUUUGUUCGGAUAAAAACAUUUUUUUACAUUGAAGGGUAAUGGAAAGUAUUUGUUU